CAAGUGUCCUUCUCGCUUGCACAGGUUGCACAGAGCAUCGAGGACCAUCAUCAAGAAGUCAUUGGUUUCUGCAGAGAAAACGGCUUUCAUGGUUUGGUUGCGUACGACUCUGAUUACGCGCUGUGCAACAUCCCCUACUAUUUCAGUGCCCACGCCCUAAAACUGAGCCGGAAUGGGAAAAGUCUCACCACAAGCCAAUACCUGAUGCAUGAAGUGGCCAAGCAGCUGGACCUGAACCCAAACCGCUUCCCUAUCUUUGCCGCUCUGUUAGGAAAUCACAUUCUACCUGAUGAAGACCUGGCUUCCUUUCACUGGAGUUUACUUGGUCCGGAACACCCACUUGCCUCACUUAAGGUCCGGGCCCACCAGCUGGUCUUGCCGCCAUGUGACGUGGUGAUCAAGGCUGUGGCUGACUACGUCCGCAACAUCCAGGACACCUUGGACUUGGAUGCCAUAGCUAAAGAUGUUUUCCAGCAUUCUCAGUCUAGAACAGAUGACAAAGUUUUUCGAUUCAAGAGAGCAAUUGCAUAUUAUUCAGCGACUAGUAAGCCUGUGGCAUUUCACCCACCACACUACUUAGCCAGACCAAAUCCGUUUGGAAUGCCUGGGAUAGUGCCACCGUAUGUCCCCCCCCAGAUGCUCAACAUUCCACAGACCUCUCUGCAAGCCAAGCCCAUGGCUCCACAGGGGCCCAACCCAGGUGCUCCGGGUCAGGGUCCACACCAUUACAGCCUCGCUGAGCCGGCCCUCCCUUUAGAAACAAGCGGAAAGAAUCUGACUGAGCAGAACAACUACAGUAACAUUCCUCAUGAAGGAAAACAUACUCCACUGUAUGAAAGAUCUUCCCCGAUCAACCCCGCUCCGAGCGGCAGCCCCAAUCACGUGGACUCAGCGUACUUUCCUGGUUCUUCUACGUCGUCAUCUUCAGACAAUGAUGAAGGCAGUGGAGGAGCUGCAAACCAUGUCAGUGGGAACAAAAUUGGCUGGGAGAAGACAGGAAGCCACUCGGAGCCUCAAGCGCGGGAAGACCCAGGAGACCAAACAAAGGUAGAAGGUUCGUCCACUGCCUCUUCAGGCAGCCAGCUUGCUGAAGGAAAGGGAAGCCAGAUUGGCACUGUCCAGCCAAUUCCAUGCCUCCUCUCCAUGCCCACCAGGAACCACAUGGACAUCACCACCCCUCCUCUGCCCCCUGUUGCACCCGAGGUGCUGAGAGUAGCCGAGCACCGUCACAAGAAGGGGCUGAUGUACCCGUACAUCUUCCACGUCCUGACAAAGGGUGAAAUCAAAAUUGCUGUUUCUAUUGAAGAUGAAGCCAGCAAAGACCUGCCUCCCGCCGCCCUGCUCUAUAGGCCAGUUCGUCAGUAUGUUUACGGAGUCCUGUUUAGCUUGGCAGAAAGCAGAAAGAAAACUGAGAGACUUGCUUUUAGAAAGAACAGACUUCCACCAGAAUCGGUUUCACCAGUGAUCAUUAAGGAGUGGGCAGCUUACAAAGGGAAAUCUCCGCAAACUCCAGAACUGGUGGAAGCUCUUGCCUUCAGGGAGUGGACCUGCCCCAACCUGAAGAGGCUCUGGCUGGGGAAGGCAGUGGAGGACAAGAACCGCAGGAUGAGGGCCUUCCUGGCCUGCAUGAGGUCAGACACUCCAGCCAUGCUCAACCCAGCCAGCGUGCCCACUCAUCUCACGGUGCUGUGCUGUGUCCUACGGUAUAUGGUGCAGUGGCCUGGAGCACGGAUACUGCGUCGUCAGGAGCUGGAUGCCUUCCUGGCUCAGGCAUUGUCCCCCAAACUCUACGAGCCUGAUCAGCUGCAGGAGCUCAAGAUUGAGAACCUCGACCCUCGAGGCAUUCAGCUGUCAGCUCUCUUCAUGAGUGGCGUGGACAUGGCCCUGUUUGCAAACGACGCAUGUGGCCAGCCCGUGCCCUGGGAACACUGCUGUCCUUGGAUGUAUUUUGAUGGGAAGCUCUUCCAGUCCAAACUCCUUAAAGCAAGCCGGGAAAAGACCCCACUCAUCGACCUCUGUGAUGGUCAGGCUGAGCAAGCUGCCAAGGUAGAAAAGAUGCGGCAGAGCAUCCUGGAAGGGCUGAACUUCUCCCGGCAGAGCCUCCCGCUCCCCUUCCCACCGCCCUCGGCGCUGCCUUUCUACCCCACCUCUGUGUACCCGAGGCACUUCGGGCCUGUCCCCCAAGCUCAGGGCCGAGGGCGUGGCUUUGCAGGAAUCCAACCUAUACCUUCUCAGGGAGGGAAGCUAGAAAUAGCUGGCACCGUGGUCGGCCACUGGGCUGGGAGCAGACGGGGCCGCGGGGGCCGUGGGCCUUUCCCCCUACAGGUCGUUUCUGUUGGAGGACCAGCAAGAGGGCGUCCAAGAGGAGUUAUUUCCACCCCAGUGAUCAGAACAUUUGGAAGAGGUGGGAGGUACUAUGGCAGAGGUUACAAAAACCAGGGUGCGAUUCAGGGCAAGCCUCCUUAUGCUGCUUCAGCAGAAGAAGUGGCCAAAGAACUGAAGUCGCGAUCCGGGGAAUCCAAGUCCUCCGCCAUAUCUUCAGACGGGUCCCUGGCUGAAAAUGGAGUGGUGGCUGAGAAGCCAGCUUCCCAGAUGAAUGGGAGUGCAGGCGACACCAGGGCCCCCAGCCACUCGGAAAGUGCCUUGAACAAUGACUCUAAGACGUGCAAUACAAAUCCUCACUUAAAUGCACUAAGCACAGACAGUGCUUGCCGUGGAGCUGAUGCUCUGGAGGCAGCUGUCUUAAAGCAAGAAGAAUAAACUUAUUUUUUAUAGAGGGUGAAGGAUGCUGGAAGGGUAAGGAUUUAGGAAUAUCUGGAGAGAAAGAGAGCCUACAGUUAUGUACAUUUUUUCCUUUCCGUAAGAGAAAAAUGAGGACUUUGGAAAUUCGGAUCCCUCUUUGAUAUCAGAGAUUUAAAAAACACAUUUUUAGUUUUAACCAGUUGUAGUCAAAAUGCUACAAUAAACAAAAAGAGAGAAAGAAAAUGAAGAGCAUUUGACUCCCACUCUUAAAAUGAAGUACACACAAAGUUUAAACUGGUUAUGACAAAAGCCUAUAGUUGUGUUUCUUGAACUAUAAAGAAAACAAAUUUUGGCAGUCUUUAAGUAUAUAUAGCUUAAAAUAUCAUUUUUAGCAUUUGGCACCAUAUGUAUGCCAUUAUCUUUGAUUUUGCAUUACUGUUCACAAGAAAGCUUUGUUUAAGGCUUUGAUUUUAUGAUUAUGAAAGAAAUAAGGCACAACCACAGUUUUUCUUUCUUACUUAAAUUUCAUCACUGUUGAUGUGGUUCUUUUGUGUUAAAAGAAAAAGUGCAACUAUCAAAACAAAAAAUUAUAGAGUAAUAUUGCCGUUCUGCUGAUUUUAAAUAUACAGUACAUCAUACAUACUUUACAAGCAAGUUAAAUGGAGAUAAAGUUGAAAUCAUAGAAGAUGCAAAUGACCUUUCAAAAUCAAUACAAUGUGUUCUGAAACUUUUUGUGACUUAAAUACCAUGCAUCUGUGAUCAAUGAACUAUGUGGUUUUGAAUCGAAUGUAGACCAUUAGUGCUACUACUUGAGCUAAACUUACUGCAUGGUUCAUAAUUUUUAAAGUGUGUAGUUAAUAUUAUGCAUGUUAUUGUCCUUUCUUCCAUUCUUACCAGUAUGUGCCCAUUUGCAAAACAAAAAUGCUAAUAAUCAGUAAUAGUUCUAUAAAAGAUGUUAACUCUGUUUAGUCAUUGACUGAUCUUGCUCUAACCUUAAAAUUUUGUGAUUAUUGACCUCUGUUGCAUUUAUUCUAAAACACCCCAAAAUUAUCUAGCUGUUUCGAAUAUCAACAUUACCCUGGUGUAUUCACUGCUGUAUGCAUUACUGUUCUUUGUUGCUGUUUUAUUCCUUCAUAUUAGCAAAAUAUGAAAUUCUGUGAAAAACAAAAAAAAAUCCCUUUGAUCUUUAACCCCCCCCCCCCUUCUGUAGCAGGAAACAAAUUGCUUGUUCUUGAGAACUUUCCCAUCAAGAAUUUAGUAGAAGCAGGUAUACUUAUAUCAUUUUGAUGUUUUUGUUAAUGUUUCCAAACAAUGUACUUUGAAAUCAGAAUCACUUCUUAUUCGUUUUCAUAUAAUUCUCCUGAUGCUCUUCAUCACACAUUAGUGAUCAGAAACGAGAUGUAAUUCCCCAAUCCCUGCCCGCAAGACCUGAGUAGGAUCUUACUGUAAGUUGAAGGGAGUUUUGCCCUAACUCAUGGAUUGUGCAAGAAUGAACUGCUGUUGGGUUUGACUGAUUGUAGAUGGGUUGUGGUGUGGUGUAUUGAAGGCUAUUGAAUGCAACUUACAAUGCUUAAUAAAAAUCUUUAUUCUUUUAGUAUAAA